CGGUAUGUUUGGACCAAUUUUGUCUUUUGGAGUUUUGAUUUGGGCUUUCGGAAACAAGUUGAGGAGUCAUUGUUUUGAGCAAUUUUGAGCUUUCGGGUGUCAGCUUUGCGAUUCAUUUGUUUUCUUGAGUUUAUGUAUGUAUGCUUCAUAAACUUUUACAUAGUAUCCAAUUACUAGUUAAUUAUGAUGUUUUUGUUUGGACAUUUUUUCCAUGUCCGUUGAAGUAAAGAGCUCAAGUAUUAUGUUUUUGUUUGGACAUUUUUUUCAUCUCUGUUGAAGUAAAGAGCUCAAGUUUCACAUUUUGGAGAGUUCUUCCUUAUGAACUUGUUUUUAGACAUUCAAGUGUUUGGCUGUGUUUGUUAGUCAUCACCGAUAAUAUCCAGCCACUUGUUGACUUGUGAGCGCCUCAUUUGAGAAUUUUGGUGUUUUGAAGGAUGGGAAUAAAAUUUGAAAAACAAACCAAAAUAACUUUGUGCACGGAAAUUUUAUUGGCUUUCAUCAACUCCGUCCAGAUCGUCCUUGCUGGGUUGGUAACGCUCUUGCCUCUUGGCAUAAUUGCAAGCUCUUCGAGCUAGCAGUUUCGCUGAUAAAAGGUGUGCAAGGCCCAGAGCGGCCAUCAUCAACCAGUUCACCACUCACAAUCACAACCCUCGCGUGGUUUGUUUUGGCGGGCCACUGCAGCUGUCUCGCUCAUCCUUUCUCCGUCCUCCUUCGUCCCCGGCCAUUGCUCCGAGCUCGCCAAGACCGCCAGGAGGCAUCCGUAGCAUAGGCCCAUCCAGCCUAUCCCAGCAGCUUCCCCACGGGCGCCGCGCAUGGCCAACCGUGAAGAGAGUCAAAUGCAGCAGGCAGCACACGUACCAUGCAGGCUUAGAAGGCAGAAAUCGGAGAUCCUUCGUGCUCAGUAUGUUGACGUUAGAGAACUCAGGGUCUGCGCAGGAACAUGGAACGUUGGAGGCAUAUGUCCACCCAAUGACUUGGAUAUUGAAGAAUGGCUGGAUAUAGAUGAUGAACCAGCUGAUAUUUAUGUUCUCGGAUUUCAAGAGAUUAUCCCACUGGAAGUCGGGUAUAUGAUUGGAACUGAAGACACUCGUCCGGUCGCAGUAUGGGAGCAUAUCAUCCACGAAACUUUGAACAAGAAGUGUCCGGAUAAAUCGAAGUCCAAACGCCACAGUGACUCUCCCCCGCCAGCAAGGUUUAAUCCAUUAGACUAUGUUCUUGCCGUGGAGAAUGAGUUGCAUAACGAAUCCAACAGUGAUAGCGAUGGGGAGCUUCAUCGGCUGCACAAUGCAGAAUCAUCCGAUUCAGCUCGACGCCGUCUCCGGCCAUUGGAUUUAGCCUGUGGCGUUCACAAUUAUAAUGGGGAUAAAAGGAAAAGGCUGCAGUAUGUACGGGUAAUAAGCAAGCAAAUGGUAGGAGUGUUUCUUUCGGUAUGGGUCCAGAGAAGCCUGCAGAAGCACAUCCAGAAUCUGAGAGUGUCAACUGUCGGUGUAGGUACAAGGGGUUUUAUUGGUAACAAGGGAUCAGUAUCAGUCAGCAUGACUAUGCAUGAAACUCAUUUCUGCUUUGUAUGUUGCCACCUGGCCUCUGGUGAGAAAAACGGCGACGAACUAAAGAGAAAUGCAAAUGUUGAAGAAAUCAAUAGAAGGACUGUUUUUAACCCAGUUCAUACGAUAGGUGUGCCCCAGAGAAUACAUGACCAUGAAAGGAUUACACUGCUAGGGGAUCUCAACUAUCGACUCAAUUUAUCGUAUGAGACUACGCAUGAACUUAUCUCCAAACAGGACUGGGAUGGAUUGUUUAAGAUGGAUCAGCUGAAAAAGGAACUAGGUAAAGGGUGCACAUUUGAUGGUUGGGUUGAAGGGCCUAUCACCUUCCCCCCAACGUAUAAAUACGAGUUUAACUCAGAAAAAUAUGUAAGUGACGCGACGAAAUCUGGGAGAAGAACACCCGCAUGGUGUGACCGCAUCCUCUCGUAUGGGGAGGGGACAAGGCUACUUUCAUACAACAGGGCGGAGCUUAUAUUAUCUGAUCAUCGACCGGUGACUGCAGUUUAUAUGGCAGAUGUUGAAAUUGUCUGCCCCAGGAGGCUGCAAAGAGCUCUAACAUUCAGCAACGCAGAGGCUGAGGAUCACCUGUUGUCUAGGAAGGAAGCACACCUUGAACCUAAGACCAAUUAACCAUGAGCCAGGCAAUUUCCUAGCUCGACGCAAUGCAAUGCUGAUCCUUGAUUUCUGAAUCUGUUAGAAAGAUUCAAUUGCACAGCAUAGAUUAGUAGUAGUAGUAGGAUGUGCAUUUCCAUCCUUGCAACAACCUUAUUUGAUCAAGGGUAUAGUAUUUGUGAGUUGUGAGACCAUGAUUACAGACUCCUUUUGAGUCAUUGUAUCUGUAUCCUUGCCAUUACCGUAUUACGAUGCCAUUGGUUUGAGUAAACAAUCAUUAAAUUCUUUGAA